AGGCAAUCUCCAAAAUUGUCCACGUUUUUUUUAAGAGUGGGAAUACUUUUUGUUGAUAUAAAUCUUCAUUUGAGCACGAUGAACAUUUACAGUUAAAUGAAAAUGCGCGUCUACAAUAGAAAUUAUUAUAUAUAUGACAGUUGUGAAAUAUUUAUUAAGCUGCAGGACUUCUUUAAUGUGUAAAGGCAUGUGCACAAAAAUGACAAAUUUUACCGACACAUGGUUAAUUGUAAUGUGUUUUUUAGAAAAGUAAUAAAUGGGAAUAGGAAAAGAGCUCUCAGCUCAUUUACACGGAUAGUUCAGCUUUAUCACCUCAUAUGUAUGCAGCAGAACAUUUAUGUCAAGUUUUAUCAACUUUUACAAAAUAGCUGCAGAGUAGAUGCCGUUUGAAGUUGCUGUGGACAGAUGAACACCAGACAUUAAGUGAUCGCAACAACUACACGUAACGCUGAACACUGGUGCUAUGGACGACGACAUUGCCGUCAUCGGCAUUGGAUGUCGUUUUCCAGGGGCAGACAACAUAGAUGAGUUUUGGCGUGUUUUAGUUAAUGGAGAAAAUCAUGUGGUCGACAUUCCAUCUGAACGGUGGAAUAAUGAUGCAUUUUACAGUGAGAACAGGGACGAACCAGGGAAACUGUAUGUCAAGAAAGCAGCAUUCAUAAAUAGACAUGAUGAAUGGGACAACAGAUUAUUUGGUAUUAGCGACAAUGAGGCGGCUCAAGUUGACCCCCAACAGCGAUAUGUUUUAGAAUGUGUCCAUAUGGCGAUGGAGGACUCGGGCAUCACAAGAAAGCAGCUACAAGGGUCGGAAACAGGAGUGUUUAUUGGUGCGAUGAACGGCGAUUACGUGCGCCUUUUUGAGUUUGACCACGACGGAUUUACAAAUUACUCAGCAACUGGAUCAAGCAACACGAUAAUAUCUGCCAGAGUGUCGUAUGUUUACAAUUUGCAAGGUCCUUCUAUGGUCAUAGAUACUGCAUGCUCUUCGUCAAUGACAUCAAUCCAUCUCGGAUGUCAAGCAAUCAGGACUGGUGACUGUGGAAUGGCAAUUUGUGGUGGCGUUGCUAGCCUACUAUCUCCUAGUCUUUUUAUUUCGCUGUGCAAAGCUAAAAUGUUGUCACCAAACUGCCAGUGUCAAGCUUUUUGUGAUACUGCCGAUGGAUACGUCCGUGGUGAGGGGUGUGGUAUCGUGUUUCUCAAGCCGUAUAAAAAGGCAGUCGAAGACAAGAACAAGAUCUGGGGAAUUUUGAAAACUGGUGUGAAUCAAGAUGGUCGAAUGGCUCAGCCAUUGACAGCUCCUGCUGGAACCCAACAAGAGAAAAUGCUGAAGAAAUUAUACACCAGAUUUAAUAUCAAUCCACUGGACCUUCAGUACAUCGAGUGUCACGGCACGGGGACCCCUGUUGGAGACCCAACGGAAGUCAAUGCAUUAGGUAAUUUUAUUCAGACAUACAAAGAUGCAGAAAAGCAAAGGCUAAUCGAAAAAGGUAAUGACACAUUAAAUCAAAAGGAAAUCCUGAUCGGAUCUGUCAAGACAAAUAUUGGCCAUCUUGAAUCAGCAGCUGGCAUUGCAGCCCUCAUAAAGGUACUUUUGAUGAUGCAAAAGGGAAAGUUUGUGCCAAGUCUACAUGUAAAGAAGGACAAGUCAAAUCUUAAUAAAAAGAUAAAGUUUGAAGAUUAUGGCUUAGGCGUUUCAGUAGACGUUUCUGACUGGCCUCCAAACGCAGAUGGUCAACGAGUAUGCUGUGUAAACUCGUUUGGUUUUGGCGGCUCCAACAGUCAUGCGGUAAUUAUUCAGAAAGUCAGCGAUCAAGGCGUUACUCCAGAGGAUCCUAGCAAAGAAAUGAAAGUUAUAAAUAUUUCUGCUUUAGACAAGACUGCAUUAAAAUUGUCCUUACCUAAACUGAAGGAAGAUAUAUCGUCGGGAUUAUACAACUUACAAGAUGUUUCUUUUACGUCUUUUUUCCAUAGAGAACAGUUUGCUACUAAAACACUUAUCUACGGAAGAAAUAUAGACGAAGUCCGGCGAACUAUUAGCCAAAAACUUCAUGACAUUGAUGAACUUGAGACACCAAAGAAAGUACAGUAUAUAUUUGUAUUUUGUGGAGUAGGAACCGCUUGGAAAGGGAUGUGUCAGGAGAUGAUGGAAACCCAGCCGGCGUUUAGAAGUACAGUAGCAGCAAUCGACAACAUUUUAGAACCACUUGCAGGCUGGAGAAUGGCAGACAAAUUUAGUCAGCACACAGACUAUAGUGAUCCUUUUCUAAACCACGUAGCAAUAUUCUGCACACAAGUUGCGUUGUUUAAACUCUGGCAAAGCUGGGGAAUCAGCCCAAAAGUUAUAAUCGGUCAAUCCGUGGGGGAGGUAGCAGCAGCAUAUGCGUCGGGCGCAUUGACUUUGAAUGAUGCAGUCCAGGUAAUAUUCAAUCGGUCAAAAUCUUUGGCAAGACAGACGGGAGGAUGUAUGAUGGUCGUUGGAAACUAUGCUCUUGACAAAUUAGAGAAGCUUUGCACAAAAUACGAUAAAAGGGUUGUUAUAGCUGUCUUUAACAGCCCUCUGUCGUGUACUUUGUCUGGUGAUACGGAUGUGAUGGAAAACAUCAAGUCUGAACUCGAGGCACUAAAUGAAAGAGAAAACGCAGGAAUUCUGAUAAAAGUGAUAUCCGUACAAUGUGCUUAUCACAGCCAACACGUAGACCCAUGUUUAGACGAAAUAAGACGAAACCUUGCAGACAUAAAAAGUAGCACGGGAGAAAUUCCACAAAUUUCAACAGUAACUGGUGAGUUGGCUGGAAAAUCUGACUUCCAUACAGGCAAAUACUGGGCUGAUAACAUACGAAAACCGGUCCGAUUUAUGCAAGCUGUUCAAAGAGCCCUGAAAACUGAUGUCACCAAUGUAUUUGUGGAAAUUGGACCAAGACAGGUUCUACGUGUGCACUUGAAAAACAUCGUUGACAAUGUUUACAAAGGCAUAUGUCUUCCGUCAAUGAAUGACAAAAAGGAAAAUGAUUGUAUUUAUGCCUCACUUAGUACCCUGCAUGAAUUUGGAGCUGAGAUUAACUGGCAAAACAUUAUACAGUCAUCCGGUCACGUAGUUGCUAUUCCUCGAUAUGUCGGCAAAACUACAAAUAGUUUAUACAUUCCGCAGAAACACCAGACACUUUUGAAAGGAAUCAAUAGUGACUCGGAAGCACACAUGUACGUUCGAGGUGAAUCUGACAAAUUAUUUCUUCAGAUUGAUAAGGAAUCGACGCCAUUUGUUUACGACCAUUAUUUCUACAAUGUGGUUCUAGUCCCUGGAGCCACAUACAUCGAAGCAGCCUUUGCAAUUGGCCAGAGAAUUACAGAAAUAAAUGCAUUUGAAAUAGCCGUUUCAGCAGAAUUUGAAAAUACGCUCAUGCCCCAGGGAAACAAUCAAUAUUUAAUUGAUAUUCAAAUUGAAGAUGACGUAGGAAGUAAGCGAAAGCUAUUCGUGGCUAGGAGUGAAGGAAAGACUCUGUGUAGUGGGACGAUAUCGCAGCGACAAACGCCACAAAGAAGUUGGUUGGACGUUUAUCCGAUAAAAGAGAGAUGCGCUAAACACAAGACCCAAGAGGAAUGCUACGCAUUUUUAGAACAGGGAAAUUUUAAAUACGGAGAUUCGUUAAGGAUAAUGCGUCAGGCGUGGGCAACAAAUACAGAAUGCCUUGUUGAAUUCGACGUGGAAGAUUCAGUGAAAUCCCAGUGUAAAUCCACACAUUUUCAUCCUUGCAUUAUUGACGGACUGUUUCAAUCAGUCGCUAUAUUAAGCAAACCUGAUAGAUCAAAUUCAUCACCAACCCUGCCAAAAGGUGUCAAUUCAGUUGUGAUAAACAGACCACUACCAAGCAAAAUGUUCGCUUACACUCAGUUGCUGAAGAGGACUGAUAUCGGAAGCCAUUACAACUUUCUGUUGAUAACGCCUGAUGGUCACGUCAUAGCGGAAUUGGAAGAUUUCUACGUCCAGACAAUGAGCGUACCAAGUACACUGGAUAAAAUAAGUUUCAACAUCAGCUGGCGACAGGUAACUACUUUUGAUUUCAACAAGGACGAAGAUGAAGGGCAUGUUGUCGUUUUUGGAACAAAGAGAUUUAUUGAAUGCUACAAAGCUGCAGGUGUCAAAGACUGUACCUUCAUUCCUAUCAGUGUUUGUGACGACAAGAUCAGCAAUGAGGACUCAUUUAGAAAUGCAAUGUCAAAAUAUUCUAGUUUUCUGAGGGCUAUUGUUUUUGCCCCAUGCUAUAACAUCCAGCACAUUCUCCCUAGUGAGAUAGGCGUUUACCAGACAGCAAAAGAAACGUUUCUGACGCUUCGACAACUCUUAACUGUUGUACAAGAAAACACUAGUAGUCUGAAUGUUCCGUUGUAUGUAGUUACUGAAAAUACAAUUGCAUCGGACAGGCAUAACAUUUCCGCCUCAAAUAUUUGUGGAUCUGAGCUUUGGGGAAUGGCUCGAUCAUCUGUUUUAGAAACAGCCUUUGAUAACCUAGUACUGAUUGAUAUGGAGUUGACAAAAGAGAACAUGGCUAAUCUUCAAAAGAUAACCCGGUCGAUGGUGAAGGAUGUCAAAGAAUAUUUGCUGAAUUGUGGUCAAGUGUUCUGCAGUGAGAUACUUGAGUAUAAUGAAAGCAAACCCAUGACUGCUGUCAAUACAGAAAUCACUCUUGACACCUGUGACUAUGCCGCCUUGAAAACAUCUAACCCUGCUAUUGCAAAAAAUCUGUACUUUGAAUUAUGCCAAAAUUCUGAAGGUGAAGAUAAGAGAUCAACUCAAGAAUGCAUGAUUCGACUUCACUCAUUUUGUUUGCAUGAUCCUUCGCUUUUUCCAAUUUCACCAGUUUUGCUUGACACAGAAGAAAUUAUAUGGCCUGAGGAUGAUUCAAAGGGAUUUCAAAUGAUGUGUUUAGAAGGUAUUGGAUGGGAAGAUGAAAAAUUCCUGAGCCUUCCAAGAACUAACCCAACAGUUGGAUUUUGUUUCCCGACCGAUGUUAAAACAGUGAUCAGAAUUCCAUCUGAGUAUACAUUCGAUCCAGAAUGCUUUUCAAAAUAUAUUCCAGGCAUGAUGUCAGUCGCUGUAAUAAUUUUGAAAAUUGUCGAAUCCUGUGAGCGAGCGAGCAAUGUAUGCGUAGUUGUUGACAAUGACUCAAAUCCUUGGUUGCAGCUUACUCGAGCUUUGUUUUCAAGCCUCUCCUCAUCUACUGUCCAUGUAGAGCAAAAAGAUUUAGUUUCCGAUGCCAGAGGCAAAAAUGACGCGCAGAUGGUUGUUAUUCUUUCGAAAGUCACUCACAAACAUAUAGAAAAGCUCCAUUUCCGGUUUCCCGGCUUGCGAAAAGUCAUUAGUCUCGAGCAGUAUCUCCCCAUGUAUAUGAAAAUAUGGAUAGAACAUGAAAUCAGCGGUGUAGAAACAGACGUCAUUAGGACAGAGGAUAUCUUUACUUCUUCAAAGUUACCAGAAAGAGUGAAAACGGUGACAGAAAUUUUAAGAAGUUCAACCAAAUUCGAAAAUAUAACAGAAACAAAAGAUAGCGAACGCACUGAAGUUCAGAAAGAGAAACACAGGCCUGAUAUUCUGCAAUUACCCUUUCCAAGUCGUAAACGUCCAAGAAGGGAAGAAAGCGACAAGUAAAAUUCC